AUGCUAGUAACACAGUUCACAAGCUAUCAUAGCUUUUUAGCCCCUUCCCCGGAAAAAAUAUUCAGUACUGACUUUGGGGCCUUUUUCUUUUGUCAGACUGUGUUAUAUAUAGACUAUAGAGAUAAUAGACUACAUAGAUUAAAGAUACUUAGACCUGAUGCCUACUUAUGUACAGGUUAUCCUGUUGAAGAUGAGGAAUAUUAUAUUUAUUCUGAGCCUACUGAUUAUUCAAGUCUUAAGAUAUACACCACAUUUCAGAAGCCUCAGUUUGUGGCUGGAAUAUUUCUUUUGGCUAGUUACUGGUUUCAAAUUCCACCCCAAGUGUCAUGUCAACAGGAAAUGAUGAGUUGUUCACUUACUGAUGAUAAUUUCUUAUGCAGGUCAACAGGCAAUGAUGAGAUAUGCAAUUAUUACAUCAUGUUCUACACAAAUAGUUCUGUAGCUGACUCAUCAGGAGAUUGUAAAUUCAAUGAACUUACACCACUGACAGGAGAUAACUUUCCCAAAGAUGUUAGUGUUCCACUUCCACCCAAUCCAGCUCUUGAAGAAGCAGCCAUAGGAUCUCACAACCAUCCAGGAGUAAAUUCCCCAGAACAAAACAAUGGAACUGUCCACUAAUGUGUAAAAAUGGUCAGUCCUCAAUAAUGUUUGCCUGGGCUAAGAAUGCUCCUCCAACUGUUAUGCCCAAAGAAAUGAACGAGUAGUCAUUCUCUGGCGCUGCCAGGGUCGAGUUUCGCUAAAGAGAAACAAAAUUCAUCGUAGUCCCUUUAACAGUUUCCACUGAGGAAUUUUCUGGUGAUGUGGCAGGUCUGCAGCAGUACCGCCCUCUGACAGGCAAUGAAGAUGUUCCUAGGAAUGUUAAGGGCCUUGAAGGUGUCUGUAAGGUCAGUUGUUAUUAUCCCCUCGGUUGAUAUAACAAUGGGGUAUAUUGUUAUUUUGGACAAU